AUGGCGACCAGAAAUGUUCAUCACGUGUACAAGGGCUCGGUAUCACUCCAGGAUUUUAUUAUUUUUCAACCGGACCGGCAGCCCAUGAUGCCGAUGGUUGAGCUCCCUCGGAAUCUCAAUCCAUUUUACGAGGAUGGCGUCAGGAUUUACGCCAAGAUGAUGAGCACGUUACCGGCCAACAGUGUCAAAUCACUUCAACUCUGUGAGACCAGACACCAAGACCAUUGUCGAGUACCUAGGUAUAGCUCUGGAUCAACUGUCAUUUCCAUGUCACUCAUCGCUCGAGCCCUGUGUGGGAUUAUCGACACCCGGCCAUUCCUGAGCAAUAAUACCUCAUGGACAAACCUGCAGCUUAUAGUGGAGAGGAGAUGGUCAACUCCAACCAGUACGCCAACAUUGAACGAGAUGAACUGGAAGGCCCAUUUUCGUUGGACCGAUCCCCAGAUUCUUACUCAGCUGCCAGAAAUCAACGUAUUUUGUUGUGGUAUGGGUACGUCCGGAACAAUGACUGGGGUCGGGACUUAUCUCAAAGAGGCAAAGCCCCGGGGCCAUCGGUUGUUCGAUGUAUGCACCAAAGCUGGUGACGGAGUGCCCUGUCCGCGGUCUUUUGCCCUUAUGUCACCCGUCGAGUUCCCAUGGCGAGCGGCGGUGGACACCAUCGAGGAAGUCGGAUCGCCGGAAUGCUACCGCUUGUGUGUUGAAAUGACUGCUUUGCCGGCUUUUUAG